GAACCAUUCAAGUGUAUCGACUCCGCGCUUUUUGGUGGGCAAGUAAGUAGCUCGUUAAUUCAUUGAUUUCUGGCAGUCACUUUGAUAGUAGCAUGAUCAUACGGGUUAUUUGAAUACCAUUGUAUACGUUUUAGAUGUGGCAAAAUGACAACAGAGCGGCUGAUGUUUUACCAGUUUCAAAGCUCAAUUUCGCUAUUGCUGGAGCUUUUAUGAUGAGUAUGCUUCUUACAUCCGUCGAAGAUGAUGAGGUAGAUUCCUGGUUGACCCGCAUCGAUGAAUAUCUGUGUCUCCUCCAAGCGCACAGCGUCAGCUUUGAUGUGACGAAACUUGCUUCCAUUCGUCUGGAACUGUUGCGGAAGCAUGGCCGACGGACUAGCGAACGUAUUGCAACUGAUAAGGUGACCAACGGCUCCAGUUCAGAGGCGGUCUCGGAGCUUGUCUCUGUCUCUCCUGGGGUAAGCUCCAACAAUCAAAUUGAAAAUGAUAUUGCGAAUGCAUCCGAUCUGCUGGAUGGUCAGAGUCAAAUGAUGCUGGAUCCAUUUGGGGACAGGGGCGAUCUGGAUUGGGUUGCGCUUCUCAACUUCGAAUAAAUUUAUUGAAUUUCGGCAUGUUUAAUACACUAAGACUUUUGAGGUCGUAUGGUCGGGAGCCUCUCUAAAAUUAAAGGAUUGCCUUCCAUAAUGG